UUUUCAUCACAAAAAGGGACACUUUUCGUCCUUUGAAACAAUUUGGGAGGGAGGGCACGCGCUCCCUCUGCCCCCCUCUUCCUACGCCCCUGAUUCCUAAGACCACUUGAUCCCGAGAUUGAAGGUUUUAUGUAGAUGAACAUUUCGAGUGGAAGAUUCAUACAUAUAUUUAAUUUAGACCUAUAACCAGCUGCGGAAAAUAGAACUAUAGCAGGAAUCGAACCUACGGCCCCGCAAUUCCGUUGCAGUGCUCUAACCAACUGAGUUAUAGAGUUCAGUUGUCGAGCUCCAACCACAAGUUCUUGUUUAUAUAACAGUAUAUAUAUAGUACAGGUGAUGCCAUUAUAUAAAAUAUGAACAGAUUGAAAGAUUUAUGUAGGAUGGAAAUUUCAAGCACAAAUUUCAAGAAAAAUCCCAAGCGCAAAUUGAGAUUUACAGCGUCAUAUUCCCAAAAAUCUCUAUAUUUAGCCACAGGUUCGAUUCCUGUCAGUUGACAGCAUUUUCGCAGCUGCUCCUGUAGUUAAGUUUGUAGUUAAGUCUAAAAUUGUAUAUAUUGAAUCUUUCGUUAUAAAUUUCCAUCUACUGCAUGCAGGAUCGCCGGGAGAGAGGCAGAGUGGAACUUUAUCUCGGGCGGGGCUCCAAAACAAGGGACCCUUAAAAUUUAUUGAUGCAAGAUUGAUGAACUCAGAAUAUAAAUCCCAGUACCCAGAUGAAUAAUACAUCUAGAAAUCUCAAAAAAUUAAGAAAAUUGUCGGCAAAAAAUAAACGAUUUUAUGUCCGCAAAUUUUUUCCGGCACCAAAUUUCCGGCGCCAAUUUUCCGGCGCCAUAUGUCGUGGAAAUUUUUUGAUCAAGAUUAUACGUAUAGUGUAAUUUACAGCAUGAGUUCCACAUUUGAAUUUUAUUAUACCAGUAAAUUGUUAAACGCGUCCGAAUUUAUCAACAUGAUAAAUGCCAAAUUCGCGGCACCUAACCCUUAACCUUAAUUUUGUGUUACACAGCUUCGAUCAUGUUAUAUAUACCCAUUAUCAGUAACCUUGCCCGCUCAUUCAAGUGCUACAGUAUGUAUAUCUAUACAGGAAAAAAAAUCAAUCCAAAAAUAAAAAAUCAAAAAAUCAAAAAAUCAAAAAAUACAAAAAUCAAAAAAUCAAAAAAUCAAAAAAUACAAAAAUCAAAAAAUCAAAAAAUCAAAAAAUCAAAAAAUCAAAAAAUCAAAAAAUCUAAAAAUCUAAAAAUCAAAAAAUCAAAAAAUCAAAAAAUCAAAAAAUCAAAAAAUCAAAAAAUCAAAAAAUCAAAAAAUCAAAAAAUCAAAAAAUACAAAAACUGUUUUUGUGCUGUCGCGUCUGGGCCACCGUACAUAAAUGAUUAUAUCAGAUUUGCGCACUCGAUAUUUUUACCCAAACUUGGGUAGCUAUAAUUUCCAUACCUCAACGGCAUAAUUAUAUUGUGAGUUUGGAUUUCGUUAAACGUACCCCCCCCCCCAACUGCUAUACGGAUUUAGACUUUUCGCGAGAAUGGUCUUAGAAGCGAUUGGGGGGGCGAUCGCCCCCCCUCGCCCCCCCUUGGCUACGCCACUGAUAGUGCACGUCAUUUUGACGCCAUUUUCACGUCGUCUUUGAAGUCCGCGGAAUUUGGAUUUUGACGUUUUGGUCAUACAUAUAUUUGUAAAUCGUAAUUCCCGUUCAAAUGCACCCCACCCCAUGUACGAAUUGGAAGCUACAGCAUUUCGUAAUUUUGGAAUUACAAAGUUUUUCUUUCCUUCAAAAACUCUCUUCAAUCGUUCAAAGCCGUUUUCUUGUAGCCAGUGGCGGAAAUUCACUUUUUUUGGUGGGGGGCGAAGCCUUUUAAAUUUCCGACAAAACUUUCAAAUUUCCGACAACCCCCCCCCCCUUCAUUUGCACUCGAGAAGGCUAUUUUUAGCCCUUUUAAAGGUUAAAAUUUCCGAAAAUUUGACCAACCGGCCACGCUGGCUAGCCAACCAAGGACAAAGUUGACAAAGUUGAUUCCUUUGCACAACUCAUCCAUACUGUACUGAAUACUUCAUGUAUCCCUAUGUGAUCGCUGGCGCGUUUCUGAACGAAGAAGGGGAAGGCAAGCCAAGAUUUCCUGUUUAGUGAAUUUUGGACGCGAACUGAUACUAAUUUUCACUGUUUUAUUGUAUUAUCUUUAAUUUUACCAUUUUAUAAAUCCAGGGAGGUUAAACUUGUUGCCUGUUUAUUGAAGAAUGUGGUGGUAUCAGACUAUCUUACUUUGUUCGUAUGGCUUCUUCAAAGAGAUGAAACCUUCGGAAUCAUUUCUUACUCCAUAUCUGCGCGAAACACCAAAGAACUUUACAGACGAACAACUAGUGAACGAAAUUUAUCCUGUAUCAACGUACGCUAACCUGGUAGCGUUGUUUCUUGUGUUUUUUAUUACAGAUUUCCUUCGCUACAAACCAGUUAUAAUUGCGGAAGCUGUGGCUUAUCUUGCCACUCGCGUUUUGCUUAUUUGGGGCACAAGUGUGUUGUCCAUGCAGCUCAUGCAAGUUGCCUAUGGUGUCGCCAUGGGGGCAGAGGUCGCUUAUUAUUCUUACAUUUAUGCUGCAGUGACUGUGGAACAUUACCAGAAAGUUACAAGUUUCACAAGAGCAGCAAUCUUGGUGGGUCGGAUGAUGGCGGGCCUAUUGGGUCAACUAUUGAUCUCACUAGAUUUAACUGGAUAUCUAACACUAAAUUAUGUGUCUUUUGCAAGUGUCAUUGUUGCUUUCUUGUUUUCGUUAGUAUUACCCGGUGUGCCCAGCUCUGCACAUGCAUUUAAUACUCGCCAUGAAGGCCAUUCAUGGUACCGGCAGCUAGGGCUGCAAUGGAAAGCAUAUCUCAUAGAUUUUAUACAAGGAUUCAAGAAUUGCUAUUCAAGACAAUUAUUGUUACGAUGGUCAGUUUGGUGGGCUGUAGCAACCUGUGGUGAACUUCAAGUGGAAAAUUAUGUUCAAAAUCUUUGGGAUGAAAUCUGGCCUUCUCAUGAACAUAAGAUUUAUAAUGGUGGUGUUACUGCAAUGACGCACUUGUUUUCAUCAACCAUAGCAGUCUUGUUGGCAUUCACAAAAAUCAAUUGGACAAUUUGGGGUGAAUUGUGUCUUGCAGUGUUUUCUAUUAUUGACUGUUUUCUGUUGUUUAUUAUGGCUGGUACCAACAAUAUUUGGGUAGCAUAUUGCAGUUAUGUUCUGUUUCGGGUCAUAUACACUUUUCUCAUUACUAUUGCCAGGUAAGCAAAAUGGUACCACAAUCCUUUAAGUGGCAAUGCGUACCUAGUUUAUUAUUUUAUUCUAUCUGUCUAACCGCAGAUGAUUUUAGUCAUCAAGGGGAGAGUGAGCCAGACAAUUAUUAAUUUACUCAUCAAGGGGUGCUGCCAUUCAACGGGUUAAUCUGCCACUCAAUGGGUUAACCAAAGUUUAGUUGAUUUUAUGUAAUUUGUAAUAUUGGUGUAAUAUGGCUACUGUAAUUGGACUUUAUGUAAUGUAAACAUAAUUCAACCUAUGGCUGCAAGGUUUAAAAAUUAACAUGACUGUUAACUGGCAGUGCAUCCAGAUGUGCCCUACAUCACUGUUUUAUUCUAUCUGUCUAACGGCAGAUGCUUUUAAUUGUCAAGGGGAGGGUGCUGCCACUCAAUGUGUUAAUGACUGUUGACUCACCAAAAUAAUGGAUGUGCCCAAAUUAACAAACUUCCCUCCUUCGCUUCUUAAACCAUUACAAGUAGAAUUAUCCAACAUUAGACAAAAUAAAAUAAGGCAGGAGUGUACAAUUCCCUGCCCAAUAUUUUGUGAUAUGUCCGCCACUGUUAAGUAUUGCGCCUUUGCCCACUGAGUUGCUUGCAGAGGAGGCUAUAAGAUUAAGCUUACUGCACUGGCUUUCCAACAAAUGGCCCCAGAGGGUUUACCACAAAUGGCUUCAGAGGGUUUACAGUUUAGCCACUGAACCAAAUUUCUCAAACAUAUUAAGACUUGGACUAAUGGGGUGCAUCCAGACUCCUGUCCAGUGUCCAGCCCUGCAAAAUAAUUUCCAUGUGUUUAGCUUUCAGCAGCAGUACUACUGCUAGGUGAACCAGGAUUGACCUAUUCUGGAAUAAUAUUAUUUUAAUAUAAUCAUCAUGGAUGUACUGACACAAAUAAAGUUUCUGUUGGUAUGUGAUAACUUGAACACUUCUUGGGUGACCAGCAUUCAUUCCCUGUACUGCACUACAGCACUAAUUGGCACAGUAGUACUCAUACUAUUUAACAAUUAGUCACUGAAAGUGAGGUGAUUACAAGCCUAUAUUCACUGCUAGCCAAAGGCAAAGUGAAUAUACGUACAGUAGGCUUGUAAUCACUGAGGCGACUAAUUGUUUUAGUAUAAUUUCAGUAUUGAAAAAUUUUUAUUUAUAAAUACAACUAUUAAUACACGUGUUUAUUUUAUGAAUAUAAUUUGCAUAAAUAAUUUUAAUUACUUCCGUCUGAUUUUCAGCUAUUUUUUGGGGAAAAGCAAUUAUAGUUAGUAGUUACUGCUCAGAGCAGUCUAAGCAGUAACUAUUUGCCUCAGAGUGAGAGUUACUGCUCAGGUAGCCAAUCAGAAAGCUCAAAGGCCGUUUUUCAAUACUGAAAUAAAUUAUACUAAGCAAGAAUAGCUGUAACAAUUAGAUUAUAUGUUCAAGUAAAAUCUUUCUAAACUUGUAUUUUGUCAUCAGCUUUCAAAUCGCCAAGAUAACAGAAAUGAAUAGGUUUGGUUUGGUCUUUGGCUGUAAUAUGUUUGCUGCGUUGGUACUUCAAACUAUUCUAACAGCAAUUGUUGCAGAGAAGCAUGGCUUGGCUCUUCCAGCAAAGAAACAGGUAUAGAACUAUGUUGGUUGAGGUUGAUAUCUUGGUAUGUACACCAGGCAUUGUAAUUGUAGGUUCAGGAAGGUACCGUUCAGUCCCUAGUCUCCUUCGCAGCCGCUCUUUGUCCCGUGAUUAUACUGUAUGUAGUACGUUAAACGCACUUUCCGAAUGGGAAACGUUUAGUCGUUUUGACCCCUAAAUUUUGUGAUUAAAUCGCGAGUUACCAAUCUGUAAACGUACCAAAACAUGAUAAUUAACUAAUACGUCGCGCCAUCUUUUUUCAAGUUCUUAAAUUUGAAUCCGAAAUGAAAACUAAACUCCGACAAUAGUUUUGCAUUCUAUUCCCAAAUAUGGAAAAACAUGGCUUUGCCGGCUUUGACCAUUUGUGGUUUUGAGUCUUUUGACCAUUUUUGAUCGCAAUGAUACAAGAAAUGUGUCGUUUGACAGAUAAAAGCAUGACUUUUAUUGAUAUGAAAAAGUAUAUGAAAAAACUGAUGCCAGAGUUAGAUUAUAUACCUUUUUUAUACACCGUGUUCAUUGUCAAUAACUGGAAUCUGGAAAAGUCGGGUAAGUCCAUCACUUCGAAAAAAUCUUUAAGCCAGGUUAACAGUCUACUUAACUUAAUAUACUCACUUAACUGUACUUAAUGUUUUUAAUGCAUGGAUAAGAGUUUUCAGUGAAGUUAGUGAUUUCGACUAUUUAUUUACAAAAUAUUAUACACUCUCUUGAUAGUUUGUUGUUUACGGGUUCUAUUUCUUUCUAAUCGGAGCAGUAUUCUUAGCAAUGGCUGUAUAUGCUAUGACUGUUAUUGGUUGGCGUGUAUGUUGGCAUCAACGGUAUCGUCCGUUAAUUUCCGACGAUGAUGCGAGUAGAACCGACGAUACAUCUGAACUCAAUGAUUUGCAAUCAAGUAAUCCAUCAAUCAAUGAUACGUGGCAAUCGUCUCCUGGUGACGCUGAUGCAAGUAUGAUAGAAACAAAUACGACAACGUCAAAAGUGGUAUAAUUUAAUAAACAUGUACAAGAUUAAAUUCAUAAAAUAAGCUCAUUAAGCUGACGACAGAGGAAUAAACGUUCCAUCUUGAAACUCAAAAAUUUAACAGUAAUACGAGCGCGGAUAAAAAAGUUCUGCCACUUGUCCGAUAUUUCUGAUAAUUCACACACAACGUUACAAAUUACAGUCACAUUCGCUCAAACUAGCUUCCUUCGACUUCUAUACAUCGUUGCCUCCUCGUUCUCCAUUUCUGAAAGCAUUGGCGGUAUUCUGAAGCAGGUAUGUCCCCCAUCGCUACAUGGACGGCUUUAGCAAGGUCGUGGAUCCGUGGAUUAUAUUUUUGAAAGGAGCCUGAAAUCGCAAGGAGCCAAGUUUGGUGAGUAUGGUGGAUGUUCUAUCAAAUUGAUACCAUUCUGAUCAAGAUAAGACUGUGAAAGGCGUCCUUUGUGAGGAGAUGCAUUGCCAUGAUGCAAUUGAAUUUUGCAACAGAUUGUCACCCCUUGACUUUGUUAUCUUUGCUCUGUUGUCUACUGAUGAGGGACACAUCUUGCACACUUCUUUAACCGACAAAGUUGCUCAUGGACGAUGGUGUGUGCACUUCUGUAGCUAAAUUCUAUAGAAGCAUUAUAUAAGCACAAAAUUUACAUAACUGUGAUUAAAAUGCCGGCUACACCUUAAAAGCUUACUUGUUUUGGGAAUUCAUGGCAGCCUCUGGUGACAGAACUUUUUGAUCCGCCCUCGUAUUUGGUAUAUUAAAAAUCUUUCGUUUGUAUUAAUAAGUCUUUAAGAUUAAGAUUAGCAUUUCUAUAGCGUAAAUUUACAUAUGGUCAUAUGAUGAUCAAAUGCGCUUUACAUCGAGUAUUAUACGCUUGCCUAAUUAACUUAAUUACAUCUUCCUUAGCCUAGACUAUUUUAUCCUUACAACAAUUGUGAUACUAAUUUAAGCCCGCCGCACACGAGAGCAACUUGCUGAGCUAACCGCCUCGCGAGGCCGUUAGCUCAGCUAUGUAUUUUCACCGCACACGUUGGGAAAACUACUCAACAACAACAUAAUUAACAAAAUUAUUUGCAUUUUCCUCCAUUUUGUUCCAUGUCACAUGAAGAAACCAUGGUUUGUCAUUGGCUAAUUGAUUGAAACAGCUCAGCACUUAGCUCAAAACAUCCGCAGACGCUGCGAUUUUUUCCUCGCGAGGCGAAAAAUAUUAAACACGAUAGAUAUUUUCCUCAAGGCCUUGAGAGGUCAAAUCCUCACGAAAACUAUCCGCACACGAGAGCUACUUGCUGAGCUAACUGCUGAGCUAACCGUGUUUAUCCUAACCCACCCUGUCAACUUUCCCUGUGGGAGGAAACCGGAGCACCCGGAGAAAACUCGCGACUUUCAGCAUGAGCGUUGACUGAAUGUUUUCACAUGAGUCCCAAGCGAGAAUCAAACCCACGAUCUCAGAGGUGAAAGGCGCUUGCUCUGACGACUGCGCCACCGAUAUAACCUUCCUAAUUAAUUAAGGUUACAGGACACCCUUUUUGGCGUUUUGCGGAAAAUCGCUACUGCGCGCUCAAUAUCAGUCCGAUUUUCAUCAAAUUUUCACCAAAUGUUCGCCAGUGCAUGCAAAAUAUGGUAAAGUUGUAAAAUUAACAAACAAUAAAAUAAUGUAAGAAUUAUUCAGGAAAAUCUUAAAUCGCGGUACCUUUACGCUUUUGAGUUGUGCUCCUGCUGGUUUUAAGUUAUAUUUAUGAAAAUAUCAUUUUUAUACAGUAAAAUAGUUGUUCUAAAAAAUGGUGUUCGG